AUGUCUACCAUUGAAACUGACAACAAAGGCGCUGAAGCAAGCAUCUCGGUGGCUCAGGCCGAUUCCAUCGAAUCUGAUGCCAACAAAAACGUCAAGCACUUCAAGUACGACAAGGACUUGAGAAGACAACGGUUGGCCAACGGCCCUUCUGCUAAGGACAUCUUCACCAUCUUCUGCGCAGGGUUCGCUUUGAUCUCGGACGGGUACCAGAACAAUGUGAUGUCCAUGCUUAACAAGGUGUUUGCUCUCAAGUAUCCCAAAGUCUUCAACGCUGACAUGUCCACCAACGUCUCCAACGCUUCGUUGAUUGCUACCAUUUUUGGCCAAGUGGUCAUCGGGUUGACUGCUGACUACAUCGGCAGAAAAUGGUCGAUCAUCACUGGUUCGGUUUUUCUUGUGGUAGGUUCUGCCAUGUGUGCUGCUUCCCACGGUGUCACGGUGGAGGGCAUGUUCUGGAUGUUGAUCAUCUCCAGAGGUGUCACUGGUUUUGGUAUUGGUGCUGAGUACCCUUCGUCCUCGGUUUCUGCUUCGGAAGCCGCAAACGAAACUGUCAAGAGAAGAGGUGGUGCUUUUAUCUUGUGCACCAAUCUUCCGCUUUCUUUCGGUGGUCCCUUUGCGCUGAUCAUCUUCUUGAUUGUGAACAAAAUCUGUGGUCCCAAGCACUUGGAGGCUCUCUGGAGAACCAUGUUCGCCAUUGGCUGUUUCUGGCCCUUGUCUGUGUUCUACUUCCGUCUCAAGUUGGCCACUUCUGAACUUUACAAGAAGAAUGCCAUCAAAAAGACCACUGCGCCAUACUGGUUGGCUUUGAAGUACUAUUGGCCAAGAUUGCUCGGUACCUGUCUCUCGUGGUUUCUCUACGAUUUCGUCACCUUCCCCAACGGAAUUUUUUCCAGUGGUAUUAUUUCCAACGUUAUCAAGGACAAGAACGAUUUGGAAAAGAUUGCUGAGUGGAACUUGUUGUUGGGUGUGCUUGCUUUGCCAGGUGUAUUUGUGGGUGCCUGGUUGAACGACAGAAUCGGAAGAAAGUACACCAUCAUGAUUGGUUUCUCUGGCUACAUUGUUUUUGGUUUGAUCGUGGGUAUUGCCUACCACAAGGUCAAGAAGAUCACUGGUCUUUUCAUUGUGCUCUAUGGGUUGAUGAUGUCCAUGGGUAACUUGGGUCCUGGUGACGGGAUGGGAUUGGUUUCUUCCGAAUCGUUUGCUACUCCCAUCAGAGGAACCUGCUACGGUCUCUCAGCUGCGAUUGGUAAGGUUGGUGCUGUUGUUGGCACCAAGUCGUUCACUCCAAUCCAAAAGAACUUGGGUAACCAAUGGACCUUCAUCAUCGCAGCUAUUUGUGGUCUUGCGGGUGUUUUGGUCACAUUGAUUUUGAUUCCCCAUCUUAACGAUGAUGAUCUUAUGGAAGAAGACGUCAAGUUCAAGAACUACUUGAUCGACAACGGAUGGAAGGGUCAUUUUGGUACCGAAGAGUACGAUGUCGAGCAAGACUCCGACUUCACUGAUGUUGACUCUACCAAGUCUGAGGACAUUGUUGAGAAGCCUCAAACUCACAAAAUUUAA